UUGCAGCUGUGCGGAGUGAGGGAUUCGCCAUCCAGGAGACUGAGAGCAUCAGGCAUUGCAGGAGAAAGAGACGACGGAGACUUCAGCUUGUACACAUUGAGACUGCUCUGACAGCGUCACCGGGGCUCCCGAGAGACUGUCCAGCUGGUACAGAGAGAGACUACACUCACAGAAUCAUAUAGUGCACAGAGAGACUGCACUGACAGAAUCAUGUGGUAUACAGAGAGACUGCACUGACAGAAUCAUGUGGUAUACAGAGAGACUGCACUGACAGAAUUUAUAUAGUGCACAGAGAGACUGCACUGACAGAAUCAUAUAGUACACAGAGACUGAACUGACAGAAUCAUAUAGUACACAGAGACUGAACUGACAGAAUCAUAUAGUACACAGAGACUGAACUGACAGAAUCAUAUAGUACACAGACAGACUGAACCGAUAGGGUUAGCUGGUACACUGAGAGACUGCACUGACAGGGUCAGCUGGUGUUUAGAGAGACUGCCCUUGCAGGGUUAGCUGGUGCACAGAGAGACUGCACUGACAGAAUCAUCUGGUGCAUAGAUAGACUGCACUAGUAGGAUUAUUUAGUAGACAGAGACUGCAUUGACACUGCUUCUUUAUAAAGAGACUACACUGCCACAUAACCAAUAUUCAGCUGGAGUGUGCUGACUGCCUCAGCUGGUGCAGAGACUGUGAGGAUCCAGGAUCUGCUGGAAUUCAGAGACACCUGCUAUUGGUGAAAAGAGAGUGCAGUGAUUUCAUUAUUUAUGGCAAAAUAUUGCCAUUACAUAUCAUACAGAAAACGUGCUGCCAGUACUGAGAGAAUCUGUGCUUAAAGGAUUUACUGAUGUAAAGGGAGACUGCUGCUGCUCUGUAAACGUUCUAAUAUACAGAGAGGAUACAAUUAGUCUACUGAUCUUCAUAGAAACCAUGCCGUAGCUGGUAUACAGCAUAGUCAUCUGCUAAGCAGUGCGAAUGCAUUGAGAGUGUGGCUGUUCUGCUAAUAUGCUGAUGUAUCGAUAUGUACAACUAUAUGGACUGUGCAUGUGAUGUAAAAUGAUUGGCAAUAUGCUUUUAAACUGGGAAAUGGGAGUAAAAAAAAUAUAGGAAAAAAAUUACUGUUGUGUAAUGCAACAUUGGCCCGAGACUGAAUACCAUGGUAGCAAAUGUUAGAGUUUUAUGAGGAUAUAUAUAUAAGGAUAUAAGGGACAUCUAAAUGAAGACCUAGGCCUUUAAUUACAACAUGUGAAACCGUAGCUGAGAGCAUGAGCUCUAAAGGACAUCCUUCUAUCAAACAGAUACCUAAAGACUCAACCAAUGCUGUGGGACAUGGCAUCAUUGAAGUUGUGCCUGAAAGGACUGAAUUAAGUGCUGGGGAUGGAAUCAGUAGAGUGAAUGGUGCAAGACAAAGCAUCAUCAGAGGGGUACCAAGAGACACAACUAUUGAUGUUGUACAAGGCUUUGUCAGAGAAAAACCAAACCUCGCUAUUAAUCAUGUGGUAUACAGUAAUAUCCAAGAGAUACCGAAUUGCACAUCUAAAGGUCCAAAACAGAGCAUCCUCAGCAACUUACCAAAGGACACCUCAAAUGAUGUGGAACAGAACAUCAUUAGAGGGACACCAAGGGACAAAUGUGACAGUGAGAAGUUGGGAAUUGCCAAAGGGAUAUCAAGGGAUGCAUCUAACAUUUCAGGAGAGAUCAUCUCUAGCAGAACAUCUGGUGACACAUGUAAGAGGGGAGGAGAUAGCAUUUAUGGAGGGGCAACAAGGGAAACCUCUAAUGAUUCAGGUGACAGAACUGCUAGAGGGACCUCAAGGGACACGUCAAUUGGUGCAGGGCCACAUAUAUUCUCUGGCAAGAUGCAGAAUGGAAGUCAAAAAAUGGGAUGCAAAAAACUUGGAUCUUCCCAUAAAAACUUGUCUCUUAGUAGGAUGAGGCCUGGUCUCUGGGUAGUUGUUGCUCCAGCACUCUUAGCUGCCCUGUGCUUUGCCCAAUCUCUUACUGGAGAAUUUGUUCAUGAUGAUGUAUGGGCAAUCCUCAAUAAUCCUGACAGCCGAGGGGACACUCCUUUGAGAAGCCUCUUUAUCAAUGACUUCUGGGGCAAAGCAAUAAGUGACAAUACAAGCCACAAGUCCUAUCGCCCUCUGUGUGUGCUGAGUUUCAGGAUCAAUGUCUUGUUGGGUGGUUUGGACCCAUUUUUUUUCCAUGCAGUGAAUGUGGCAUUGCAUUGUUUUGUAAGCAGCCUGCUGGCAUUCACAUGCAGUAGAGCAGUGUUUGACGACCAAAGGCAAGCUCUAGCCACUGCUCUGCUAUUCGCUUGUCAUCCGAUUCACACAGAGGCAGUUGCCGGUAUUGUUGGAAGAGCUGAUGUGAUGUCAUGUUUGCUGUUUCUCUUGGCCUUUCUCUCCUACACAAGGAGCGUGGAGUUGGAUCCGGUUCAAAACAGUUUUCCUUCUACGUCAUCUCCUUUCUUCUUGAUACUGUGUUUGGUUCUGGGGACCUGUGCAAUGUUGGUGAAAGAGACAGGCGUCACUGUGUUUGGAGUUUGUUUAAUAUACGAUCUCCUGUUUCUGUGCCCACAGAGAAUCAAAAGGUCCCCAUCUUCAGACCACCCUCUGAAUAUGUGGUAUGUGGCUGGUCCCUUCCUAAAAAGAGCUGCUUUGGUUUCUUGCCAUGUGGCUCUGGUUUUAUAUUUCCGUGUCCGUAUCAUGGGAGGUUCAAUGCCAUUGUUCUCUGAACAAGAUAACCCAGCGUCCUUCUCACCUUACAUCCUCACCAGGUUUCUGACCUAUUCCUAUCUACUGGCUUUCAACGCAUGGCUCCUGCUGGCUCCCAUCACGCUAUGCUAUGAUUGGCAGGUUGGAAGCAUCCCACUGAUACAUUCCAUAUGGGAUGAGAGAAAUUUAGCUACUCUGCUCCUGCUGGGAAUUUUCCUGUCUGUAGGAUUCUGCUGCUUGACUUCUUUCAAGAGAAAUGAACAUCGAGAGGUCAUGGUUGGAUUACUCUUCUUGGUUUUUCCGUUCAUACCAGCUAGUAAUCUCUUCUUCAGAGUGGGCUUUGUGGUGGCGGAACGUGUCCUCUAUAUGCCCAGCAUGGGAUUCUGCAUUCUUUGUAUUCAUGGGUUGAAGGUUCUAUUUUCCCGUACUGGACCUCGUGGAUCCAACUUCCUCACGCUCUCCUUCCUGCUCCUGCUGAUCUUCUUCUCCUGUAAGUCAGUGUCUCAGAGUGAGUGCUGGAGAUCAAGAGAAGCUCUUUUCAGAUCAGGUGUCCAGACUCUGCCACAUAAUGCCAAAGUCCAUUACAACUAUGCCAAUUUCCUGAAGGACCAAAAUCGUAAAGACGAAGCUAGAGACCAUUAUCGUACUGUCCUAAGGUUGUACCCACAACAUCCCAGUGCUCUUAACAACUUGGGCACUCUGACCGCUAAUGCAACUGCAGCCGAAGAAUAUUACCGUAAGGCUCUAGCAAUCAGUCCCCAGCAUAGCAGAGCACUCUUCAACCUGGGGAACUUACUCAGAACCCAGGGUCGUGAUGAUGAGGCCGAGCUACUGCUAAGUGAAUCUCUUCGUUAUGGACCAUACUUUGCUGAUGCAUAUUCUAGCCUUGGGUCACUGCUGGCUGACCAGAAGCGACACCAGGAAGCUGAUGAGGUUUACCAGACAGGAAUCAUAAACUGCCCUGACAGUUCAGACCUUCAGAAUAACUAUGGGGUGUUCCUGGUGGAUGUGGGUUCUUCACAGAAAGCCAUGUCUCAUUACCUUUUGGCUCUACAACUGCGCCCUGAUCACCAUGUGGCCAUGCUGAACCUAGGACGUCUCUAUCGCUCUCUGGGACAGAACACAGAGGCAGAGACAUGGUAUAAAAAGGCUCUGCAGAUCUCUCGGGAUAUAGAUGUUAUUACCCCACUUGGAGCUCUUUAUUACAAUACUGGGAAAUACAAGGAGGCUCUUCAACUUUACCAAGAGGCAGUGAGAUUGCAUCCAGACAAUGUACAGAUAAGUUUAUCACUGGCUCAAGUCUUAGCUAUGAUAGAUCAAACAAUGGAGGCUGAAAUGCUCAUUCAACGUAUUGUAGAAGACGUUCCUGACUGUUUUGAAUGUUUCCGGCUACUAUCAGCCAUCUACAGCAAAAAAGAAAACUAUCUCAAGGCUCUGGAGAUAGUUGACAUUGCACUGCAGAUGAAACCAACAGACCCAAAAAUAAUGGCUGAACUUCAUUUCACAAAAGGCAACCAGCUGAGAGAACUGAACCGUUUGGAAGAUUCUUUUCAAAGUUACAGGAUAGUGGCUGAUGUGAACCCCAGUCAAGCGCAGGCCUGGAUGAAUAUGGGAGGCAUCAAACAUAUCCAGGGUGAUUAUGUAUCUGCUCGCACUUUCUAUCAAAAAGCUUUACUGUUGGACCCUGAAAGUAAAUUACUUAAAGAAAACCUUGCCAAACUACAGCGUCUGGAAAACCGGUUACAAGCAACAAAAGCAAGAGAUCCAGAUUUGCAGAUGGACCAAACUAAAGGUUCAGAAAGGAUCGAGAGUGAUGAGAAAAGAGGAAGAAAGGGGCAUCCCAGAUCAAAUGUAGACCUUUGAGAAAAAGAGAGUAGUUAGUGUAGACACAGUGGACAUAGUAUGCCACCUACUGGGAAUGCAGUGAGUAGACUGCCAUUUGCCAGAAACAAAGCAAAACCAGACUAGCAUCUGUUUGAGUCUCAAAGAUGCAUGGUGUGCAGACCUGCUGAGAAACACAGAUAACUUGUCUUACCUCAGCAUGUAAUGUGGAGUAUCACCUGCAGACAGAACCACAAGGAGCAUAGACUAAGACUUUAAGAGAGAGCAGAUCUGUAGAAUAAAGCCAAGAUCCCAUACUGGCACCUACAGGAAACACAGGUAGAGAACCUUGUUGGUGGUGGUGUGAGAGUACGAUCAUUGGUAAAACAUCUUUUUGUACAUAAAAUGUUAGUUUCUCUUUAUUGGCGUUUAUAUGCAUCAGAAGAAUGUUUCAAAAUAUCACCAGAUCACAAAGAGCCCACAGAAGCCAUCUUGCUGUAUAAAUAGCAAAACAAAAACAAAAAAAAUCAAACGAAAAGGGUUAUGGCAUGGUACCGUAUUGCCAAAUUUUCAUGUAACCAGCAGUCUACCUGUAACCAAACGCUUACAUUGAUGAUGGUAAUGUUGAUAAGGAUUUUGGCUACGAAUCCAGUGACAAGAAGUCUGUAUAACAAACUAGCAAGUGUUCUUAUAUUUCCUGAAUAAACCUACAAGUUUCAAUUUUAAAAUGCCAAAGAAGGUAGGGACCAAAUUCCAGUCUGUCACUUAAGGCAUUAUUUUUACAAUCAAACACUUUUCUUCAAACCACAACAGAUGUCCAACUUUGGCCCUUCCGGUACACUACAAAUUCCACUAUUCUCUGUCAGCC